ACAGCUAGCUGUAAUACCGGUACAAUUUCGAGCUUUGCCAAAUAGAUAGACGGGAUAUUUCUUGCCGGGAUCUGUUUCCCUUGUUUUCCAUUUCACCCUUUUGGAAAUACCUUAGGAUUAACUAUGGAUGAUGAUGACAUCCCAACAUUUUCUUCACAGGCUGAAGAAUUGGAUUACUGGAAAAGUAAAGCCCAAGAAUUAAAAAUAAGUCUAAACGAGACAAAGGAAGAACUAGAGGAAUAUCAGAUCAGUAGUCAGGAGUUGGAAGCUGAGCUGGAGACACAACUAGAGCAGUCAGAGGCCAAGGUCAAAGAUCUCACAGUUAGCAAAGAAAGAUUAAGUAUAGAAUGUGAUAAUUUAAAGGAAAAACUGGAGAUGUCCCAGAAUAACUACCUACGGCAGAUCAACGAGCUGCAGGAUGAACUAGCACAAAUUAAGGCCAUCCGGGAGGAACUUCAGAAAUAUAUCAGGGAACUUGAGCAGACAAAUGAUGAUUUAGAAAGAGCCAAAAGAACAACGGUAACAUCCUUAGAAGACUUUGAGCAUAGACUAAAUUCAGCAAUCGAAAGAAAUGCCUUCCUAGAGAAUGAACUUGAUGAGAAGGAGUCAUUAGUGGUCACAGUUCAGAGGUUAAAAGAUGAAGCAAGAGAUAUGAGAUCGGAGAUCGCUGUGAAGGGGGUAUCAGAACCCAUGCCAGACAACGAUGCAGAGGUAGCAGCGAACGGAAGACAUACGCCCUCUGGUGACCAUACGGUGGAUAACAAGGUCCUUCAUGAGGCAGAGACGAAUACCACCCCAGGAAAAGAUCUACAAUCCAAUUCAACAGGAGUAGCUGGCAGUGGUAACGCUCCUCUCACACCCUCAGCCAGAGUAUCUGCACUCAACAUUGUUGGGGAUCUACUCAGAAAAGUGGGGGCUCUUGAGAACAAGCUUGCAUCAUGUCGGAAUUUUGUCAAAGAAAAAGAGGUUCCUCGGAAACCUGGCAGUCCUGUCGACACACCAAGGCAAACGAAAAGAACGCCAAGAGCCUCGACCACGACGCCGUCUUCAAAUUUACCCGGGGUCGUGAAGAUAACUGUAUGAACUGACUCCAACUUAUAGAACAAUAUAAAACUUCUGAAUACUCCUAUUAUAAAGGAUGUUGCUUUGAAAUGUGUAUUCGACUGCAAUGCCCCUAUAAGGGUGUGGCCCUUGAUUGGUGCAAGGCGGAUGGACUACUACAGGCCAGCUUGCACUGUACAGUUUAAUACCUUCAGGGCCAAAUUCACAAGACACCUCUAGGAAUGCUGCAAGGUCGUUGCGCACACUGCAUCAGAAUGCCUUCCAUCUGUCAAAGCAGCCUUUGAAGAACUUUGGAAAGUGGAUCCUUCGCCAAGUGGAGGCGGGAAAGGAACUUUGUAGAUUUCGUAUUAUAAUGUCAUGCCCUGAUUUUUUCCGUAUGAACCACCUAACCCAUUGGCUUCUGAAAUCAAUAGAAAUAGUUCCCAGGUCUUUGUAUUGGGACUCCUGGUUUCAGAAGCCAUCAGGGUAAAUGUAUACCCUAUUUACACUGUCUGUGUGUUUUCAUCAAGAAUCUUGUCAAGUACAAUGUUGGCAUGAAUCCAUUGGAGUUCUAUUUUUACAUUGUGAUAAGAGAGGUGUAUGUCUCAAUAUUAUUGUGGAGGCUGACAAGGCUUUGGUCCGUUGCUAUACUUCUGUCUGUACCACUCUUGUUUUAUCCAAAAUCUUGCCUAUUGGAUGCCUUCGUUUUAUACCAGAAAGGCUCGAGAAAGUAAAGCUAACUUUUUGAAUGAUGCAGCAACCCGCUGUAGAUCUCCGGGAUCAGCCGAGGAAGAAGAAGAAAGGUUGUAAUAAGCAACAUAAUUGGUCAAGGUUCAUGACUUUCAACAUUUUUGCACAAUGCACUACUGUGCAUAAGCAGUGUACAUGGAAAUGUGACAUCACAUACUGAUAUAUCAUCAGUCAAGUGCCAUGAUGAUAGACACUAGUUGGAACACAUGAUAAAAUUGUAGAUCUACUGUCAUUAAAGACUGUUUCAUGACAUUAAUGCUCUGUUACAUUAUGAUAUAAAACAAAUAAUGCACAUGUCCUCUCAUAUGUGAAAGUAAAUGCAGAGAAAAUUCAGUUUCUGAUGGCAUACACUGGGCGCAGUAGUACAAAUCCUGUCUCACGAUACCUUAUGUCCACUGCAUUAUACUAACACACUUAUUUGAUUGUUCCGUGUGUUAUGCGUAUACUAAAAUGUAUCCCUUUUGAAAUUUUCAUCAAUGACAGCAAAAUAGGGGCAGCUGACUCUAUAUCGAGCUUUCAUAUUCUCAUACUAUUACAUAUUGAAGUCUAACAUUGUGAUUUAAACUUAAGGGACAAAUUGCCUCGAACAUGGUAGGCAAAGAAAAUACUUUUUUUAUGGCAGAAAAAAAAAAUUCUCAUAGAUAAAUCUUUCAUGUACAAAGAUUAUAUAUAUAUGUAGUACUUCUACACCAGGCACAUUUUUAUCAGUGGCCAGUGUUGGAUUCUAGCGAGCCUGCCAGGUGACAUGAAAGAGAAAAAAAUUAUCUGUGGAUUAUUUCAUGGGAACGAAAUAAUAUUUAACCUGUAUUUCAGUUUGAACUAUAUCCGGAGCAAUAAAAAUGUUUUUGAACUCUUGUAGAACCUUUUUUCUGUAUGUGGUCACAAGAGGAGUGUUGCCCUGUGAAGUCUGCUCUUCACCUACUGGCAGCACACGGGUGGUUGUCGAUGUUCUGUCCAUCUGGUUUCCUGUGGUCUGUCCACUGCUACUUGACUCCAUAUUGUCCAAUGCUGAUGUGCUAUUCCUCUGCUGUUCCAUUCUUUGUCCAUCUCUAGGUGGAGGCAAAUCAUUGGCUGUCACUGUUCUGUCCAUCUGGUUUCCUGUGGUAUGUCCACUGCUUCUUGACUCCAUGUUGUCCAUUGCUGAUGUGCUAUUCCUCUGCCCUUUCAUCCUUUGUCCAUCUCUAGGUGGAGGCAAAUCAUUGGCUGUCUCUGUUCUGUCCAUCUGGUUUCCUGUGGUAUGUCCACUGCUACUUGACUCCAUAUUGUUCAAGGGUGGUAUACUGUUAAACUCCAACGUUACGUUCAAAUCUGCUUCUCAAGGAGUCAGGCUCCUGCUAAAAACUACUUCAGAGUCGAUGCUUGACAUUGAAAUGGAGUCUAGUGGUAUGACGUCAUUGUUAUCCACAAUUUCACUUUCUUCAAAGACAACUGGGAGGGAAUCAUCAGAGAUUGCACUGUCCAUUGUCUCACAGACACAGUAUUCUUUGUGGCUAGAUACAAUCAUAGAAUUGUCCAUUUCCGAGUACUGUAUAGAUGUCCCACAUCAAGUUGAUCCUCAGGUUCUCUUUUCCUCUUCUGUUCUUCCCAUUGGGGAAAAACCAAUCCAAAACCAUACAAAGGAUUUCUUUUAAGGUACCAUUUACCUCAAAAGUGUCAUGUCUAGUACCACCUCCAGAGGGAGCUUUCACUUGCUUGAAGGUCUUUGCUCAUGCAUUGAAAUGCAGCCACCCGACUUCAACCUGUCACCUUUUCUUUUCAGCACAUUCAUUUCCCUGUUGAGCGCUCGAUCUCGAAAGAUUUACUUUUUGUAUUUUUUUUCUAAGGCGCUCAGAUAACGAUAUUUUGUUCCUUUAGGCCUUGCGACACAGCUGGAAUUUAUGUAGGCUUUCACUGCAAUGCAGUUCCCAUGCUUGGUAAAUAGUUCUGAAGUUGUUCAUCAGAGAGAAUUCCAAUGACAGCGGCAUCAAUCUAUAUGAUAUAUAAAAAAAACACAAAUGAUAAAUAACUGCUCCUUGCAUUAAAUCAUAGACAAUAAAUUACAACUAACUCACUGCACAAAUAAAUGUGUUAUACCUAUUUUCACCGGGCAAUUUCAGCUCUUUCUGACUUUUAUUGGCUGACCCCCUCCUUGGAGAUCUGGAUUAUGAAUAAUAUUUCGAGGGAACAAAAUAUUUAUUUUGUGGGAAUGAAAGUAAUGUUUUGAGUGAAUGAAAUAAUUAUUUUGUGGGAAUGAAAUAAUAUUUAGUGGGAACGAAAUAAUAUUUCGAAGGGAACAAAAUAAUCCACAGAGAAUUUUUCUCCUUCGUGUCACCUGGUGGGCUCCAUAGGAUUCCUGUUGACUUAAUAAUUCAUCCAGCUUAAUAGCAUAGAAUGCUAUGAUCCACAUUGCAUGAUUCUAAUACAUGCAAAUCAAUCUGCAGUAGGUUGUUGCAUACAUUUUUUUUUCUAGUGAAAAAGCAAAUAUAGUCUUUCUGUUGAACAGAUGACAUGUUAGGUUCAUUCCAUAUUGGGUUAAGAAACUGAAGAGGGCCAAAUAUGGUUUAAAUAGAGUGGAGUGGGGGAAAGAGGCAAUGAAAAGAAUUCUGCUUUUGUAUAAAGGAAGAGGAGGAAACAAGUAUUUAUGAAUAAAAAAAUGUUGGAACUAUUUUCUGUAUCUUUUUAAAUAUACAGAAUGAAAUUAUAUGAUGCAAGCAAUUUUGGAAAUAGUAUUUUUUUGUUCUUUUCUGAAUGGUAUUCAAUAUUAGGAAGUUUCAGCUUGUGUGUGUAUUUUUUUCUUUUUAGGCAUGAAGAGUUAGUUAGACAUGCUAUCCAAUUGUAGUGAACUAAUCAGUAAAUUAUUAGGCUAUCAGUUAUUGGACAAUUGCAGUUGUGCUUUGUAUCUGUAACUGUUGCAUUUCUACGUCGUGCCAUUCUGCUCUGGAAAAAAAGUUGGACCAAUUUCUGUGUCAUGUCUCCAGAAAGCAUUUCAUUCUUAUGAACGUGACGAGACAUAACCUUUAGCUGAAGUCAGUUGAUGUGCAUUUUAUCAUUAAUAGAUGAAUUUGUCUGUUGCGAUGUCAAUAUAUUUUUGACAUACAAAACAAAUAGUGUUUUCGAAAUAUAUUUUUAUCUGCGACUGGUUUCAAAUACUCUUUUUAGUCCUCAUUCUGUUUUAUCAGCUUGAACAGUCUCUAACCUUGCUCAUAUAAUACCUGACAUAGCUCUGCAACAAUUUUAUGUACAAAAUCAGUGGGAAAUGAAGCAUCAAAAUUGUUUUGGAGGGAAGAGGCAUUUUUUGGUCCCUAUACAUGUGAAAUCUGUGGACCAAUCAUAUACUUACAAAGAGUUAGCGCAAAAUACUUUGUCAAGAUCUGCACCCACAAACUCAUGUUAUCAUUCAACAUUUGCUCAUGAUGCCAUAAUGAAAUCAUUGUGAUGUCAUAUUACUAGUUUGUCUCUGCAAUUUUUUUUUUCAGUGUGAAACAAAUGAUCUGUGUUUAUGAGCAUGAGUGGUGCGAUAAUUCUCACCAUGUGUUGAAAAUCUAUUUUAAAAAUUGUUGCUCGGCUUUGUCGCACCAUAUCUGAGCAAGGUUUAUUUGUUGCCGUGUCUUACAGAUAAAUACAACUAGACAGUCUGAAUUCAUAGCAAUUUAUCAACAAUAUAUUUUCAACUCAUCCCCAGAUAUUGAUUUCCAGAGAGGUCUUUAUCAAAAUCACAAAGUAAAAUUUUAUAAAAUGAGAAACAUGCGUGGUUGGAACUUGGAAGUAUUGGCUGAAAUAGGGAUUAUAGUUUGAAGAUCAAGUAUUAUUUCAAAUUGACUUUAGAUUCGAUGAACCAUAACCAUAUUCUUAUGGUCAAUGGGCACAACUACAUACCAGAUGGCUUCAUUUCACACUUUCCUUUAAUCUUCAGUUCUUGGGUCUGCCCAGUUGUUCGUAAAAAAAAACGCUGACAUUUUCUUGAAAUUUGUCCCAAGUUAGGCUCAUAAGCUUAGUUGAUUUUUGAAAUGUAAACAUGGAAUGUACUCUUGAUUUCAUCUAUACUAACCAAGAUCAUUUACCUGUCCAAUUGUUAUUUAUUAAUCUUUUUCAGAGAAUUGUAAUCAUCUUACCUUUAUCCUGUAUACUUUAUAAUAGUUAGUGCAACACAGUGAAAUCUGCUGACAAGACUGUUUUAAGUCUGGUCCUUGGGUUUGACUGUGUCGUACUUCAGACAUUGGUCCCAUGUAUUUCCUUUCAUCUUAGUGAGACCUUUCCUAUACUCUCCACUCAUUGAAAGUUACAUUUCAACCAAUGCAUGAUAGCCUCUUGAUAUUUAUUAUCUUGUGUCCACAUUAUAUAUUCAAAGUGCCAUCAUAAUACCCUCAUUUUGAUAAACAUUGUAUCCAGUAUUGUAACUCUGGUUGGAGCCUUCCACCUUUAAAACCUUCUGAUGAGCACUCAAGGACUCAAAACCUUACCCUCCAGCAAUAAUUAUCCCUUUGAUAAAGACAAAGGCUUUACUUUGUAAUAUGUAAUAAUGUAAUGUCAAAUUAUGUUUUGUUUGGAUUACACUGCGAGAAGAAAAUCACUUUUAUGCCGAUUAUCCCACAGUUACCACUAUCAGUCAUAAACUCUAAACAAGACAUUUUUGUUUUGUGUGUCAAUUUUCUUAUGAGGCUCAUUACACUUAAUCAUAACAUGUAUGUGCUUAAUUAAUUUUAUUUUCUUUAUAUCUAUACUUAUGUUGUAGUUCCUAAAAUAUGGUGCUGUUUCUGUGUAGAUAUAGAUUGUUAUCAAUAAGCAAGGAAUAAUUUGUAACCUUAUAUGAUUUAUAUUGUUUCUUUCUAUUUUAUGGUGUGUGUAAGAAUGCCUUGAUAGGAACAUCAAUUAUAAACUUUGUUUUUCAAACUUGAGUUGCUUGAAGUAAAAAUGUAGCUCAGAAAUUUGAGAAUUUGCAGAAACUUGCUAGCAAUUAUGCAGGGUUUGAAGAGACUGCAUGCAACAGUGUUGAAGAGUCUGUUAAAGUACAUAUUGGUAUGUUGUAGUACUUUUAGGUAUCAUACAGUCAUGCUCAGAAGUUAGUAAAUUGCACCAGAAAAUGAACAUAUUUCAAGUUCUGCAAUGUUUUAGAUAUGUAGGCAUAUUCAUGAAGCCAGGUGAUAAAAUAUUAGUGCUAUAGUUUUUUUCUGGGGGGCAUUUCAUCAAUAUUUUCGUCCGACAAGUUGUCAGAUCUGACAACUUUCCUGGAUUCUGAUUGGUUGAGAAGCACUGUUACUAUAGUUACUGUCAGAUUACAUAGGACUUGUCAGAUAAAACGUCUGACAAGCCCUUUCAUGAAAUGCUCCUCACCAGGUUUGCCAAACAUUGUAUUGUUGUUUCCAUUCAACACUCAGCAGCAUGAAGGAGUGCAUUUUGUGGUGUGGUUCACUGAAUAUUGAGCAGAACUGCAUAUAGCAUAGUCGAGUGGUACCAUGUAUUUCAUGAUCCCCAUGAGGUCCUCUGCUCCAGAAAUAGACCAUUCAGCAAUCAAGGUAUUACCAGGAUGUUUCAACAGUUUCAAGACCCCCUUGAAGUACUCCUUGCCCCAUACAAAAGAAACAAUGAUUUUUUGAGCCGUACAUCUAUUUCAAAACAUUUUAAGAUGCAAAUUGCUCUUUAAACAAAAAUUAACAUUGAAAUGUCUGAUCAAUGGAAAAUGUGAGUUUUAAACAUUUUGAAGUGUUCCAUAUUGUCAAUAUCAUAAAAUUGUCAUUGAGUGAUGUUCAAUAGUCAACAAGCAAGAGGGAUGCGAUAACCUGAUUUUCAGUUGCUGUUAACUUUCUUAUCAAACACUGAAGAACCAUUCUGGAAAAUAUCUUCAAGAUCAUUGUAGACCCCCAAGGAGCCAAUGCUGUUUAAAGAUGGACACCUUGCUUGUACCCAAAAGGACUGAAAGAAUUGUUUUUCAUGGGAAUGUACAUGCAUCAGGACUGACAUGCAUAUAAUCAUAUUGUCAAAAUUAGGAAUCAGUUUACUAUUGAACGUGUAUAUCAUGAAAAUUAAAUAUUGAGGCAUUAUUUAGGGUGCAGAAAAAUUACAAAAUAUUUCUUUAGGGCACUCUAGAAUGAAGAAUGAUAACUUGCUUAGGGUCAAUUUUAAGAGUCCAUGUAAGUACAAGCUUGGUGUCUACCUUGUAAUGGUAGUGGCCCUCAAGGAAAGACUAUUUAGAUAUAUUUCAAGUGUUAAGAUGUUUUGGGUCUUGUUAUCUCUCAUAUCUUUCAUUAAGAAUCCAAGAGGAGAAAACAAACCUUUAUUCGAAGUUAAAGCAUCCCGCAUUGCACCACUACCUCUUGGUACCUUGUGUUUCAUCUUUAAGUGAUUGUCGAGCCGUGUUACUCUUAACUGGCAAAUGGGACAUUCUUUCUUUCCCUUCUUUGGUGGCUCACCGCCAUGAGUGGUCGGCUCCCUAAGAAAACCAAUUCAUUGUAAACUUCAUGUGAAAUGAUCAUUAUUCACUGAUUUUUUUUUAAUGCUAAAAACAUUUGAUUGGCUUUGCUCUUACAACUAUUAUAUAGAUUACUUCACUCAUUUUUUACAACUAUUAAAUCCCCUUCCCCAAAAACAAAAAAAAUGCCAUCUAUGUAUACUUUUUACCAUUAAUUGGAACUUAAAUGAUAUGUCCCUUGUUAUUUUUUUCCUUGGAAUUAUGUUAUUUCUUUAAAAGAAUCCCUAAACCUUUUAAAAAGAUUGCAACAACAAGAUUUGCACCAUGUUCAGAAUUACUGCUUAGACAUAAAUUAUGGGUUGUAGUGGGCUUGUGUUUGUUGAAGUAUUGUGUUGUAGAAACAUCACGGUCCGGUGGUACUGACUCUUGCCUUUCAGUCAGAGGGUUGGGGGUUUAUCCCAGCCACAAUAUUAAUUUUGUUUGGAAAAAAAAAAAUAUUGUAGCUGGAAAUAAAGCUGGGAUGAAUGAUUUGAAUUUCGCACCUCUGAAAACAAUAUUCUAGAUAGAAUGCAAUAUAUCAGUGGCAGAUUCAGGAUUUUGAAAUAGAGGGAGAGCAAAUAGCAGAGGACAGUUUUCUUAGGUUUAACUAUUUUGAUUAGUAUGUUCAAUAGGCAAUUUUCAAGAUAUAUAGGGGUUUGUGCUCACCUUUUGCCCCUGUGUGGGCCUAGAACUGUAUAUGAAUGCUUAUUGUUAUUGUUCUCCCCGAGAUUAUUGGAGUGUUAAGAGGGAAGAUGGGCAGACCCACAUCCCUCUCCUCAUGCGACUUUUCCUUUUUAUCUUUCUGUGAAAAUAUUGGACACAUUGCCAAAUGGGUCUUACAGGGGUACCGAUAACCUCAAAUAUUCAAUGUGAUUGUGUAUGUAGGUUGACAUAGCAAUUAUAACCUUAGAAGGUGAAGCAUUCUUGUAAAAAUUUAAAUAAUUGAUCAUUUUAAUUGAUCACCUUUCGCUUUGGCAUAAGUUAUUUUUUUAUACCUGGUUGUUUGCUCGAGAAGCAGCAAGUAUGAAUUUUCAGAAUUGUACAGAUAAAUAUUUGAAAUAUAUAAAGCAAUGUAAGAAUUAUUUAAAAGCUAGACCGAUAUGAAUGAAUUACAUGCUGGAAUGUGAAGGACAUAUAGUGUAUGUAAAAUAUUAUAUUGUGCAUGGCGUGGGUAAAAUAAAAAAGAAUAUACCAAUAUUCUGCACCUUAUUAUCCCA